GCCGAGGCCCCAGUGUGUUUUUACUCGGGGUUGAGUAAACUCCGACCUGUUGUGUAUCAUAAUACGCGUGCACGCGGGUUUACGGGUUAGCCUCGCAUCGACCACUGGAUGCACCCUUGUCUCGCACCACGCCGCGCCUGUCUUCCCCGAUCGACGAGACUAACUUGCACAGAGUAGAGAGAUAUUCCGAAGCGUCAACAAAACACCAUUUAAACGGGUAACGAGUAAACGAACCACCGUCUCCGCGUCUCCCGCCGACGGAAUUGAUAAUUUACCAACGAUCUAUCGAAUUGAUUGGUUACGAUGCCGUUCGAUCGUAUCGAUUAUUAAGUGAGUGACUACCAUUCGCAUCGAUCGAUCGAUCGAUCGAUAUCGAGAAAUUUUUGCAAUCCCAUCUAGUGAAUAUUCCCUAUAAUCGCGGAUUCUGACUCGAUACUCGUCUGUGACAAAGUGUGUAAUUAAAUUAUUUCGAAGUGAUUGAUCGAAAUUAGUGAGUGAAACUUGAUGAUCGAAAAUUUAUUUUAGAAAAAUAAAAAAUGUUAAAAAAUCUUAAAAAAUGUCAAUAACAACGUCGAAACUGUUCUGAAAAUAAUAUUUAUACAUUGUUAACAGUGAUCCGGAAAAUUUUAUACAAAUUCACGUAACAGGUGGCGCGAUCGAUCGGAAUCUAGGUGAAUCUAGGUGAAAUUUAAAAAAUGCAUACGCUAUUUAGCGAGCAAAAUGCGUAUUACAGGCAUGCAACGGCUGUUCCCGUUGGGAUGGGAACCCCAUCGUAUCCGGGAGUGGGCGCAGCGCCUGGAUAUUACGAACAAUAUCGUUACGGUGGGUACGCGACGGCGGCAGGUUAUCCAGUCUCGGGUAUAACCCAGCAACAUAUUCACCAUCCCGGUAAGGACAUGGUAAAACCCCCGUACUCGUAUAUAGCUCUGAUCGCAAUGGCGAUACAAAACGCGCCCGACAAGAAGAUCACCCUGAACGGUAUCUAUCAGUUUAUCAUGGAACGUUUCCCUUAUUACCGCGAGAACAAGCAAGGAUGGCAAAAUUCCAUCAGGCACAACCUCAGUUUGAACGAGUGUUUCGUCAAGGUGCCGAGGGACGACAAGAAACCCGGAAAGGGAAGCUAUUGGUCCCUGGACCCGGACAGCUACAACAUGUUCGAUAACGGUUCUUAUCUCAGACGUCGUAGGCGUUUCAAGAAGAAGGACGCUUUGAAGGAAAAGGAGGAGGCGUUGAAGAGGCAAGGUCUCGUGCCCGAGAAGCAACGUAAUCAAGAGGAAACGAAGCCUAGCAACAUAGUAAUACCGCCGCCGUCGGACACGUCGGGUGGCAAGAAGUUGGGCACCCUGGAGACGACUUUGUGCAAGCCGAAGAGGGAGCCUGUGAACGAUACGGGGAGCCAUUGUAUGGCCGUGCAGGCGAAGUACGGCCUUCACAGCCCGAUUCAAGACACNGCAGUGACGACGACGACGGCGGCCGUCGCAGUGGGCGGGCAAAGCGUUAUCCAAACGGCUCUCGGUCACCAAGUGCAUCAAGCUCACCAAGUCCACCAGGAUGCUGGUAUCCAGGACGUGUCCAUGGGUUUGGAUCCGACCAGUUUCAGUGUCGACGCUUUAAUGACGACGCGGGAGAACAGCGCCGCCCUAAUGACCAGAGAGAAUCAGCAUCACACGCAUCAUCCCCACGGUCUUCAACAUCCUCACCCUCACUCGCACUCGAUCAUGACGAGCAGAGAGUCGAUGGGCGCGGGGGUGGUAUCCAGAGAUCACUUGCCGUCCGUUUGUACGACGACGACCACGACGACGGCCGCUGUCGCGGCAAUGAUGGCGACCACCGGAUACGGCCACACCAGCUCCGUGUCCAGGAGCAACGGCUCGCCUCCCGGAACCAUGUACGCGCCUUAUUGCACGCCCACAGCUGGUUACAUAAUGGAUCACGCGGAAUAUAAUUCGAGAAAUCACAACAAUACGGCGGGACACUCGCAGUGGUAUCAGGAGGCAGCCAGCCCUGACGCCGCCGCCAUUUAUCAGGAUACCCAAUCGCCAAGCUGUCAACUUUACAGAUCCAGCCCACCAACUCCGCUCUCGUCGAGUGCAGCUCCGUCUCCACCCUUGUACCACCGAUAUUAUCAAGACUGUAACACCGUCAACACCAGCGGCAAUUUACCCAUCACGUUACAUAAAUACUGAGAAUACCGAAAUUCAAGGCCUCAUCACCGAGGCCUUGAAGAACAUCACACCGAUCACUACGACCCGAGCUUGGUUUACGUGAAGCAAGAGUGGAUCCCCUGCACGGAAGACCUCGCCAAAGAAUGGAAUUAGAUAAGUCUAAAAAUCCAUGAUAAAACGGGGCGAAAGUAAAUUCGAAUAAACUCGA